AUGGGGAGCCUUGCAAAGGCGUAUUGUCACCAGAUGCAUCACAACCUCCCUUUUCACCAUUACAGACCUUCAAACCUUCAAAACCCUAUUUCUCUCUUCGCCAUCACUUCUCCCACAUCUUCUUCGCCUUCCAUUUCACCCACUGAUCCUCCUUCUAAUAAGCAACCCCAAUUCGGCCACUUGAUCAUCCCCACCAUCGCACUCGCUGCUUCCGCCUGGUUCUUCGUUCGUCUCCACCAAAAUCCUCCAAUCAUCGUCGCUCCUAUGGAUUCGCCGCCGCUCGAAUUGGAGGAAGAAGAAGGUACGAUCAAAGAGCUUCCUUUGCAGAACAAGCCGGGUUAUGUGAAAUCACUUCACUUUUACAGAAUCAAGCCAGGUACGGUCUUGAAACUGAUUGAUUUGUAUGAUUCGGAUAACUACGAAUCGUUGAAAGCUCGGAUUCGUUUAUCGGCCGAGUGGUUAGAAACUGCGAAGAAGGAAUUGGAGGAGGUGGUGGAGAGAGAUCCGGGUCGGGUCAUGGAGUACUCGCAUGUGGUUGAUGAGCUGAUGGAGAUCCUGAGGGAUUUGGAGGUUUAUAUAGAUGAAUGCGAAAAGGAGAAGGUAAAGGGUUACUUGAGAUCGUGUAAUCGGUUGCUUGCUCGUGUGAGGAAAAUGGAAGCUCGGAUUCUCAAUGUUCUGAAAGAGUUUCAGGAGGAUGAACAAGGAGGCGGAGGAGAGACUUAG